AUGUCCAUCUCCCACCCAACGCCUCCUCUUCUCCUCACAAAGCGCCUUACGGCGUUCCUCAACGCGAACCGAACUCCCCAGCUUCCUACCCUUCUUCUUACAAGCCCUCACGGCAAGCUUCUCGCACACGCAAGUCCUCAUCCUGUAGCCGCUCUUCGAACACACGCUACCGUUGCCGCAUCACUCCUUGCCAUACACUCCACCUCGGCACCUGCCCUCGCUGCGUCUCUACCCGGUUCUCGCACACCCGAUCCGAUCGGAAGCUCGCCUCCUGAAGAGGAUGACCUCGAAGACGAGACAGAUCGAUUAUCACAAAGUCAGCAGCUCGACUCACAUAAGUCUGGCAAGGGACGUGGCAUCAAGCCUGCUACUGUCACGGUUCAACUUACGAGCGGGACUGUCGUGAUCCGUAGGUUGAAGUGCGGUCUCCUCUUCGUCUGCGUCGGACCCGCCAACCCAGAUGUCACGGAGCAUGGUGUGCCAAAUGUGCAUGAUCUCCAUGUUCCCGCUGGCGAAUCCUCUCAUGUUGGCAGUCCAGAUGGAGCAGACAGUAUUCUGAGUACUGGUGGACAAACAACAGCUAGUCUCGAGAGCAACGCAGGCUCUGCCGCUGCAGUAACUGCCCUUCGCCGUCAUGCCACUGAGCUAGCUCGUUGGCUUGACGACAAGCUUGGAACACUGACUGUUCCAGAGGAGGGUGUUGGCGUGGAGUAA